CCGACACAGGAGCAGACUCCCCAAAAUCCCUCUCUUCUCCUUCAGCGGGGGCAACUCUAGUGAGAUCGCCACGCUAAGGACUUCAGCCCACCCUUUGGAAAGACGGGAGGCAAAAAACAACCAGCAACCCCCUUCCUCUCCGUCGGGAGAGGACUUUUUUUUUGCCGGGUGGGGGGGAAGCAUGACGCGAUGCCGACGCCGCUUCAGCGUCCAGAAGGGACUACAACUCCCAGCCGCCCUCGCCUCGGCGAUGGCUGCCUCCGUCGUCUCGCCGAGCAAAGAGCCGGCUCGGAGGUGGAAGGGCUGCCCGACCUAGCUCCGCACCGAGCCCAACCUUGAUGCAGAUCCUCUCCAUGCUAUUGAGGCCUCUCCAUGUGGACAGAAGGCCUCUGCUCCAGUGGCAAGAUGGGCUUCUACAUCAGUUCCCUCUCCAGAGCACCGUAUGGGAACAGGGUCCCCCCAGAGUCCUCGCGUCCCCCGGCCAAGCGGUACCAGGCGGCACCCAGCUACAACUACAGGUGGACUGAGCUGCACUAUGAGGCCAGCCGGGGAAAUGUGGAGAAGCUGAAGCAACUUCUGCUAACUUCAGGCAGGGAGCUGGUAGACAAGAAGGAUUAUUAUGGGAAGACCCCGCUCUAUUGGGCAGCCUACAAGGGGCAGAAGCACACCGUGGAGCUGCUGCUGCAGCACGGUGCCAACGUCAACACCUGCUGCAAACACGGAGGGACCCCUCUUCAUGCAGCCAUCGGGCUCUUCCCGGACUGCACCCUGCUGCUGAUCCAGCAUGGUGCAGACGUGAACCUGCAGGACAACUGGGGGGUGACCCCCAUGUAUCUGGCGGCGUGCAGCGGACAAACAGAGUGUAUCCGGUUGCUGGUGCAGGCGGGCGCGUGCAUCUCCUACAGGAACAAGAGGACUGGAGUCCCUCCCAAGCGCCUCGUGGCACAGCCGGCCCUGAUCGCCUGGAUGGAGGCUUGCCGCCGGCAACCCCCUUCCCUCAAGCACCUCAGCCGCCUAUCUGUCCGAACUGCCCUUGGCCACAGGAGGCUCCGAGCCAUCAGGGACUUCGAUCUUCCUCCAGUGCUGAAGCAGUACCUUAUGUUUGAGGACCUGACUCUGCCAGAUGUCUCGUAGCAGCUCUGCCAACCAUGAAGAUCCCAGACACGUUGGUCGGCAUCCUCCCUCAGCGGGUGCCUUUGCUGCCUUUUUGUCUGUCCGGAAGCUGAUCUUUGUCUUUCAGGUGGGGUGCCGGCAUCAUCCCACGUGGAACUUGGGCAGAAGAGUAUCCGUAACUCGAUCUGGCCAGGGACUUAUUGCGCUUGGCCCCAACCACAUCUGGCCAGAUGCUGCUGAGAAACUUGUGACCUAGGCUUGAAGAUAUUACCUUGUGUCCUUUGUUUUGCUCCCCGUCUUCUGUCAUCUGAGGUAUCCUGCUUCUGGAAUCAGGUUCCAUUUUGCUGUCUGGAAAGAGGGCAGGUGGGAAAUUUUUCGCCAAGGAAGGGAAAUGAUUCAUUCUUUCCAGUGACUAGAAGAGGAAAUGGAGCCCCUGCCAGAGGUUGGGAGUUUCGAGUCCCCACUGUGGCUCCUUGACAGGAGCUGUACUGGCUGAUCCAUAGCGUCCGUUCCAGCUGUACAGUAAUAAUAUUAUUGUUAUUAUUAUUCAAAAAUACCAGACACAAUCAAUCAAAAUUAUAAAAAUAUUGAUUGCUAUUAUUUAACAGAUACAAGUUUUAACCAAAAACCUUAGUAUCUGUUAAAUAUUGGCACAGUAUGUAUGCGGUUCCUAGUCCUGGUGUUUUUUGUAACUCUCGUGGUGUUAUUUCUGAGAUCUGCAACCGCUUAUAAUACUGUGUGAAAUUUCUUGAUACUGAUCCCAAAGC